GACGGCCUCGAGGGCAUCCGCACCGACUUCAUGCGGCUCGCCUCGCAGGUGGCCUCGCUGAAGGGAGCGCGCGGCGAGUUCCACAGCCUGCUCGGCCUCCUCAGGAGCAGCGCGCCCAGUGCGACGUGCUGCGCGCGGGGCUGGUCCUCCGGCAGGCGCUGGCGGCCGUGGUGGAGGAGGACGACGCGGAGCAGGCCAGGGAGAUCCAGCGGUGGCUCAUGCACCUGGAGGGCUACUGCGCCGAGGGGGGGCACGCCAUGGUCGUGCCAGGGGGCGGCGCGCGCGCUCUCACGGAGUCUCGCCGCGGCGCUCGGAAGUCCACGGCUCCGUGGCAGGCGGCCAGCUGCGCAGAGACGCAGUGGCGGCCGCACCUCCCGGGCCGGCCGGCCGACGCCUCCGAUGCGGGUGGCGUCGAAGGCCCAAGGCCUCUCGGCCUCGUGCCGCUGCCGCUCUCGCGCGGCCGCGUGCCCGGGGACCAGCGGCAGCUUCUUCGCAGCACCUCGCCGCCCUGCCCAGGGGCCGGAGCCGACACGGGCCCGGAGUCGGAGGGGGAGGGCGAGGUGGGCGCGCUGGAGCGGCUGACGAUCAUGACGCCCGGAGGCCCGCAGCGUCCCGCGUCCGCUGCAGUGCCGCCGCCCCAGCCACGUCCCCUCGUGGGCCGCCUCGCACUCCAACAGUGGGGGCGCUGA